CGCAAGGAUCUGAACACAAUUCCUGGAAGUGGAAAAUGUCCCAGUUCUUCCAUGGCCUGUAUACUCACCAGACAUGUCACCCAUAUUUUUGUUUAGUGUAAUUUACUUAUUUGUAAAAUAUGUCUGUGCACUGUUAUAAGCAUGGCUUUGAUUGUGCAAGUUUGAACAAAUGUUUCAAUUUGAUGGUCAUCCAAAUUGGCAUAAUUGUAAGGGUUGACUACCACUUGUUUUAUAUAUUAAUAAGGAAGUGUUAGGAAGUGUUAACUAAAUGAAAACCUCAGAUUGUGUUUGUAUUAAAUGUGUUCUGUUUUUCAGGCCAGAUUUGUAAACAGCACCUGGGUCUUUGGGAAGACCAUGUGCCAUGUCAGCCGAUUCGCACAGUACUGCUCUGUUCAUGUGUCAGUGCUGACCCUAGUGGCCAUUGCCCUAGACAGACAUCAAGUAGUCAUGCAUCCGAUGAGGCAGCGGAAAUCAAUGUUUUGUUGCAUGAUUGGUAUAGUUGUGAUUUGGGUGACGGCCUCAUGUUUCUCUCUACCUCAUGCCAUUUAUCAGAAGCUGCUGCGGUUUGACUUUGGAAAGGUUUGAAUGGUGUGUCUGCCCAGCUUUCCACAGCCAUCAGAUGUGUUUUGGAAGUACUUGGACCUGGCCACGUUUUUCCUCCUCUACUUGUUGCCACUUGCUAUCAACUCCAUAGCUUACAUUAUUGUUGCUAAGAAGCUAUGGAUGCGUAAUGCUAUAGGGGAUGUGACUCUGGCGCAAUAUGUCGCCCACAGACAAAGGACGAAGAUGACUCUGAAGAUGCUGAUGUUGGUGGUGGCUGUUUUUGCUAUUUGCUGGUUCCCUUUAAACUGUUAUGUGAUUUUGGUGUCCAGCCAGGCCAUUAACACUAACAAUGCUAUCUACUUCACCUUCCAUUGGUUUGCCAUGAGUAGCACCUGUUACAAUCCUUUUAUCUACUGCUGGCUGAACGGAAGCUUCAGGACUGAGCUCAAGUCCCUGCCUUUCAUUUGGCGUUCCAAGAGGGCAGUACAUCCAUGCUGAGGUUGUCAUCUCUAUAACUACAUAGAUUAUGUAUAAAGAUAUAGAGGUUAACGCAGAGGUUAAUAACAUCUUUCCAUAAGAUUCUGUGAAGGUCGCACCUAUCUCCAUUCGGUUGAUGUAAUUUAUAAUUAGAUCUAGGUCGACCUAUAAUAUGAAAUAUUAGAGAAUAACGGAAGUCUAUUUCUUUAAGGGGAGGUAAAAAAAUAUAUAAAAUGGUGAAGUAGUUUGUAAAAUAUUUUGUAAAUAAUCGGGAAAGAGAAUAUUAGUGAAACACUUGUAUGGAUACCAUAAUGGUAAAUAAAUGUGAAAUAAAUGUGA